AUGUUGUUUCAUGGUUUAAUCAUUUUAUUUAGUUUAGCCGCUCAUAUCAAUUUGGUUAAUUCACUUAAUAUUAGAUCCAAUAGUCAUAACAAUAAUGAAUUCGGUUCUUAUGUUAAUCCUAAUCCAAGACCCUAUGAAGCUUGUCCUCCAACGGAUACCAUAACUUUAAAUAGUUGUUGUAAUGUGGUUUUAACAAAAUUAGAUGAUUGUAAAGCUGAUGAUUUGGCUUGUGAAUGUUGUGCUUUACAAAGUAUAAAACAAGAAUGUUAUCAUCUUUGUCCAAGUAAUCCAUCAGCUAAAUUCUUAAGUGUGUUGGUGGAAGAUUGUUCCGGUAUGAAGGAUAUUAAUGCUUGUGCUAUUCCAUUUAAAAAAGAUGAUCAAAUUGGAACUCAAAAAUCAUUUAUUAAAGCCAAAGUUCAUAAAUUUAGAUCAGAUAAUACUAAUAAUAAUAAUCAAAAUUCAGUCACCAUUAAAUCUAAAGUUGUUGAUAAAUUAAGUCCUAAUUUUAUUAAUGGAAAUGAAGAAAGUUUAUCAGCCAAAUCAAAGAUUAAAUUAAUUUUAGAACAUCAUGAAAAUAAUAAUAAUGAUGAAGAAGAUGACGAUGAUAAAGAUUUUAUUAAUCUAGUCCAUAAUGAUAUUGAUCAAGUUAAUCUUGAAGAUGAAGACGUCAUAAUUUCUAAAUCAAGUUUAAAUUCAACAUUAGAUCAAGUUCCAAGUUUAAAUUCUUCAUUAAAUGAAUCAACUUAUUUUAAUGCUUCUGGUUGUAAUAAUAAUGAUGAAACUACUUCUGGUACAAAUCAAUAUUCUACCAAAUCAAUUGUAUAUUCAGUUUUCAUUACUGUUAUUAUCACUAUAGUUGCUGCUUUUACUUAG